AUGGUCAGGGCCGACUCCCCCGCAGACGACUCGCCAUUGUCCUCAAUGGAUUCCUCCGAGGACGAGUUUCCCGACGAGGCCACCGAGGUCCUCGACGAUGGACCACCCCCAAAGCGGCUCAAGAUUACAACCGCUGGCCGAUCAGCGACGCCUUCUGCGGCCGCCCACGACCACGACGCUGGCCCAGACCCGCUCGAGGGCAUGUCUGACGUUUCGUCAGAUACCGAUGGCGACGUUCCCAGCUCACCCAUACACGCGCGACAAGACGAAGAUGACUUCCAGGAGCAGAUCACCGUCUGCGCGUGGGAAGGGUGUAGGACAGGAGAUAUGGGGAACAUGGACAGGCUCGUCGAGCAUAUCCACAACGACCACAUUGAGAGUCGGCAAAAGAAAUACACUUGCGAAUGGGUCGGUUGUUCGCGCAAGAGCAUGCCGCACGCCAGCGGCUACGCGCUCAAGGCGCACAUGAGGAGCCACACCCGAGAGAAGCCAUUCUACUGUUAUCUGCCCG